UCAAUUUAUACGACUCCAGUGUGGCAUUACUUGAACGCCUCCAUCCACUGACUGCGAAGAAUUCUAAGGAACUGUGAAUUUCCUUUAUUCUUAAAAAUGAUCCUCAUAUUUCUGCUUUCAUGUACUACUAUACUUGUUACUGCAGUUCCGGUUAGUCCCAAUGCCCAUCCUCUGCAGGAGUCACAAAACGGGCUCAGUCACACAGGCCAGCCUGUUGAUGCCACAGUCCAGAAAGCUGAGCCUCAGUUGGGCUCCACUCCUCCUCACGGUUUGGAUCAACCACAGCUUGGAAACACCCAGCAGGUGGAUCAACAGGCGAAUCACCAGCAAUCAUUACAGCAGCAUUCUUUUUUUCCACAAGGGGGCAGUCCAAUGAUGAUCUCCCUUCCGCAGAGUGUUGGUGGAUUUCUAGCCCCUAACCAGCUGCCCCUUGCACAUCAGCCAAUGAUUUUUCCAUCUUACGGGUUCUUGCCUGUCUUUCCCUCACCCUAUGGCAAUCAGAUGUUCUCCCCUUAUGGAUUCCCAAAGGUUUCUGGUCCUUCCCUCCCUCAAACUCCAACAAAUCAGCUAACUAACAGUCCUGUACUGCCAGCGGAAAAUGCUGGAGUGGCAGCUGCACCUUCCGGAGCAGCAGCUCAACAAACACAGCAACAGACUCCCCCAAUAGUAUAUAUGCUCCAGCAACCCUUGAAUCCCUCACUUGGAGGUCUUAGCUCAGAGGAACUUGAGACGGCAGCUAAAAUGAGCCAGCUGGGUAUGUUUAUGCCCACCAUGCUGGGGAACCUUCCAAACGGUGCAGGAGCAGUUCAAGCACAGAGCCAGACUACUGGCCUCACAAACCUAGAACAGCGGGUUGCCGGGCAAACUGCAGGGACGUCAACAGCUGGAGCCCAACCAUUACAGGGUCUGCCUUGUGCUGGAUCACAGGCGAAUGCUAACAACUUGCCUGCGGGUCUGAAGACAGCCGUGCAAGAAACUCCCACAGUGCAAACACCAGCUCAACCCAAACCCCAGUCCACACAGAGAAACCAUUUUUAAAACUGUA